AUGUCUCGAAGAGGUAACAACCGCACUGGCAAUUCAUCUACAGAGUUACCUGAGUACGAACCACCAGCAUGUCCACUCACCGACGCAGCUCGUCGCAAGUUGCACGACCUGUCAAACACCCGCUCAAUAGUCGCAUAUCAACAGCAAAUCAACGAAUCUGUCCGUCUACUUGGCUUUAGCGUUAGCGAUAUACACGAAAGAUUGCGCGUACAGCGUGAGGAGUUAGCCCGCCAAAAAGUCAGAAGAGAGGAGAGGGGGACAGAGAAAUCUGAGGAAGAGCAACGCCUUGAAGCUCAUCUUCCCGAGUUCGAGGAGCGCAUUAACACGUUGACUGCGGCAUCGGAACAGGCUAUUCGUGAUAUGAUUGACCGAAGAGCCGAAUUGGAAGACGAAGACGUCAUAUUCAGCGAUCUGUAUGACACGGUUAGUACAGAAGCCACUCAGCAAAGACAAGUGGAGGCCCAACGAGGCGAGCACGACGACGAGCAGGAGCCGCUGGCUGCAACAAGCAUACUCGAAGCCUACAAAGUCCUGCGCCAGAAGAAAGACACCGAAUAUACAAAAAUGUCCGUCCACCAGCGUUACGCUCUUAAUAACGACUACGCCGGCUUCAAAAAGCUGUGGCACGACGCAAUGGCUGGCGAUGAGGGACCUCCGCUCCCGGAUGCCUCGCGCUGGUUUACUCCCGAUGGCGAGCCUAUCAUGAGCGGAGCUGUCUCAGGGGCGGGUGCCGGGGGCGGAGACGACGACGAUGAUAUUGCUGUUGAGCGCGAGGUCAAGAGCAUUAACUGUCCUUUGACAUUACAGCCCAUGAAAGAUCCUUACACCAGCCGAAACUGCAAACACACAUUCGAGAAGGCCGCCCUGCUCGAGUAUUUACCCAUGCGAGGAGAAUCUCAAUGUCCGCAGGCGGGAUGCUCACAGAAAUUCACACGUGCGCGAUUCGACCAUGAGUUCUUCCAGGACCAAGCCAUGGCGCGCCGUAUCAAACGUGUUCGUCUGGCACAGCAGCAGCAGGAAAUGAUGGAUGAAGAUGAUGACGGCGACGGCGAUGACGAACUUCGAGUUAGAGGCUCACAAGCCGCCCCCGGAAGAUCGCUCAAGAGGGAGAAGAGAGGAGAAUGA